GUUGCCGUCAUUCUGCUGUUCCUGUUGUUGUAAAGGAAAUAAUAGAAUCAAAAUGCUUGUUGAACACUACGAACGCUGCUAGCAGAGAACGAACCAACAGAGUUGUAGUAUUUUUGCCCUUCCAAAUCCCAAAUGUAGCUAGUCGUCCUCGUUGUACUAUGGACAUCCACAUCGAACUUCCGCAAGAGAUGAAAAGCAUGCUCACGUUAUUAAACGCACCUGGUCUUCUAAGUCCGACUACAUCAAAUGUUCUUGUUGAGCACAUUCCUCCUAUAAUUUCUUCUAUCUUUUUUCCAAGCUCCACCAACUGCAAUCAAAUCCGUGCAAGCAGAGGAGCUGCUGCGCAAGGAGCGCCUGUUAGAACAGGAGUAGGAAAAGCGACAGAACAAGGUCAGCGCUUGAGCUUGUCUUCUCCGCUGGCAUCUACCUCUACUUCGUUCAUUUGGAGCGGCAAUAUUAGUGGUUCUGGUGGCGAUGGUGGAGCAGCUGUGGAUCCUUUUGGUAAUGCUGGAAAUUCUUCUGAAUCUAUUCCUGAAAGACGAGGUGCUGGCACGAGUGAGGUGGCCAGUCGUGGCGGUCAUCUGCAUUUGCUAAUACGUAAAGGAACGUCUUUCAUCGGUCGCAGCUUUUCUGCAAUCAUCAACCCCGUUCCCCGAAACGCACCUGAUGUGGUUUCCAGAUACUCGCCAGGCUUCGCGUCUACAGCCUCAGUAACGGGCUCCCUCGGUGUCACAACCAGCGUUAGAGGAUCCAACACUUUUGGUGUUGUCUUAAGGCUCAAUACAACUCAUUCUCACUUCUACGAGGCUUAUCGCUUUCUUUCCCUCUUGAGAUUGGGAGAAAUGCAGGCACGAAAUGAACUACUCUAGGCUCUAACUGUUGCAGCCCAACCUCCUCGGGAACAUGGCGCUGCGGAUCUACCGAACGGCCCCUUUGUCUCCCCACCAGGUUUUGCAGAGGAAAACAGCCUUGGCCAUGUGAUCAGCGCCACUGAGAAGGUCUACAUCGUCCGACACCCGACUAAUCUAAGUGUUAAGACAACCACAAUGUUUGAAGCACUUCAAUAUGAUGAAGAAGCUAUUGAUAGUGAGCAUGAGCUCUUGACUAGUUAUAUUACUGUAAAAUUUUCAAGAAUUAUCACAGUGAAAACGGGGAAUCGUGCGGUACUAGAACAACGAGAAUGCUAGGAAGCCCUCGAGUUGAGCUACUCCUGCAACUACGAGUACGAAUGGACGACCUAAAAAUAAAUAUCUUCGAUUUAAAUAACUUUGACUUUCAUUUUCUUGUUGAUAGAAGAAGAAAAUUUCUAAUACCGCUAGUGGCCGUUUUCAAGCUGAAGAUGCUGAUACUGGUGAGCUUGUGGAGGUGCCUGACGGAGCUAAGGUCGUGCUCAAGGAUGAAAGCCUUAAGGCUUCCCCUAAUGGUCUCCCAUUUUGAGAGAAGUCAUCCUAGGAGAGAGUCUGUUUUCCAAGGGGAAAAGGCAAUCUUCAGGUUGCACUUCUACCUGCUUGAGCUGGAGGAAGAUGAUUGGGGUGAGCUCUAAAAGCCAGGAUGCAACACAAGAAAGCGAGGGUGCAUCAACUCCUGCAGACGCACAGGUCGAAAAUGAGGACGGCGCUGAAGACAUGCUAGAAGAAGACCUUACAAAGGCUGGACUAGAUGAACAUGAAGGGGCGGCUACGAUUAAUACAAGGUCGUUAUGGAGGGUCGCUUUUAUUCAUCUACUCUCUCACUCUCAGGAUUUGAUCCAUCCGACUCGUCCUGGCGCAGCACUUAAAAAAAACGACUUCUUUCAUCUCUGUACAGUCUCACUAUUUUCCUUGAAAUUCUAAGGCCUAGAUGCGUACUUCCAUACUCUUUUCCCAUUCCCGUAAAAUACGAGGACAUUCAUGGGGGUCGAAUCGAGGGGGGCCGAGAUGAAUAAAACAAAGCAUUCUACUCCAACAAUGACCGCCUCAACACUACCGCAGCAGCGUGAUCAGUGGGAGCUCGAGAAUGGGGCAGUGCUGACAGGAGAUAGCGAAGAGAAUGGGAUCGAAGCAGCGUUGUUGGGCAAGAAAGGGAAAAACGUGGCAAAUAACGGUAAUGGCAACGAUAAACCAGCAGGAACAAGUGGAGCGGUUCCAACCGAUCCAUUUAGUACGAGCCGCGACACGGGUAGCAUCGUAAAUUCUGAAGGGGGUCACCCUCCAGCAGCAAAUAAUCCAUACUACAUUAUGAAAAAUCUCGACUAAGCCUGUCGUUAAUUUUCAGUGAGGCAUUAGUCUGAUCGUGAUCCUCAGGUGGUCCACCUGUCGCAUAUUUGUAUCCUCAUGUAGUUGUGUUGUAGUAUCAAUCUUACUGUACAUAGAUAUUUUCAAAUUUCUAAUAACAAUCCCGUCGACAAAGUCGAUAAAACAUUCGUGGAUGCUACGGAUGCCGAUGUUGACCAGGCAGUAGGGAGUACGAGUAGUAGUAGCUCUGCAGAUAGUGACGAGGAGAAGUUUUCAGAAACCGGGCAAAACGAAGCCACUGGAAGGGAAGCUAGCGAGGAAGCGCAGGCUCCUCCACCUAUUCCAUCAAACCAGGUCGUUUUUUUGGAGUUGAUGCCACCUCAAGAUCUGCUGGAUGGGCAUGCUUUAGAAGGAUCGGUCGGAAUUCGAAUUCCUAGUGGAACAAGAUCUAUUAAGCCGCGGUCCCAUCUUCAAAGGCACCAGCAGCAGCAAACCUCUUCCAGAAUAACAAAGACGUGCUUCGCGGCCACUCCACCUGUAAUUUCACCCGGAGAUGCACCGCCACCCAACAAGUGGAUAGUUGUGCCGCGUGCCUCUCCUGAUGAGGCGCAAGCUUUUGUGCAGAAGUUUCGCAAGAACGAUCUUCCAGAAGGGAACCAAUUUCGUCGGCGCACUUGCGAGGAAGGCGCGCCACGUUUCUACUUCCGGCCACCGCUGCCCAUGUACAACUUGGCCUUUCCCAUGUUUUACAAGAACCGCGGAUACCGGGACGCCCACUAUUUUGAUCUCGGCCGCUCGCGGAAGUUAACCGGAGGCGGGACCGGAGACGGCUAUGGAUGCCCGAAACCUAAGCCGAAGAAUCAAGUGCCGGCGUGGGUCAUGCGGGAAACUGCAAGUGAUUUCUUUUUCAAGUAAAAUCUACAUCAACAUGAUGAAGAAACGAUAUGUGGAUCAACAUGAUGAAAAGGAGUCACAAC